GGCGCGCUGCAGCCCCCUCAGUUGGAUCCCGGCCGCGGAGAGGGCCGAGGAUGUGGGAGGAGGCCCAGACCCCGGGCGGGUCGGCCAGCGCCGUCUUUCCUGGGCUCCUCCGGCGUUCCGAGGUGGGAUUAGGAAAAGUCCCCGAGACAUUUGCAGAAGUCAGAGGCAAGCUUCCCUGCGCGUUUUCAAACGCUUCUCGUCCGGUAAACAGGAUCGUCGUGACAAAGGCUCCUACAGCUUGCUGGAAUAGAGGGUCUCCGCUGCCUCGCCUCUCCUGUGGCCUUCGUGUGGGACGCACGAGACGGCAGGACCCAGAUAACCGUUCUCUCAAAGUGAGCCACAGGAAAACAUCGCCUGUUCCCAAAACUUAGGUUUUAUAAACUUUCUACGUACAACCACUAUUUUCAAGUGUCACCAUGUUUUAUAAUUAGGGUGGAAAUCAACACAAAGACACAAUGUUUGCACGAGGACUGAAGAGGAAAUGUGUUGGCCACGAGGAAGACGUGGAGGGAGCCCUGGCUGGCUUGAAGACCGUGUCCUCGUACAGCCUACAGCGGCAGUCGCUCCUGGACAUGUCUCUGGUGAAGCUGCAGCUUUGCCACAUGCUUGUGGAGCCCAAUCUGUGCCGCUCAGUCCUCAUUGCCAACACAGUCCGGCAGAUCCAAGAGGAGAUGACGCAGGAUGGGACGUGGCGCGCAGUGGCACCCCAGGCUGCAGGGCGGGCGCCGCUCGACCGCUUGGUCUCCACGGAGAUACUGUGCCGUGCAGCGUGGGAGCAGGAGGGGGCACGUCCUGCCCCUGGGUUGGGAGAUGGCCACACACAGGGCCCAGUUUCUGACCUUUGCCCAGUCACCUCAGCGCAGGCACCAAGGCACCCGCAGAGCAGCGUCUGGGAGAUGGAUGGCCCUCGAGAAAACAGAGGAAGCUUUCACAAGUCACUUGAUCAAAUAUUUGAAACGCUGGAGACUAAAAACCCCAGCUGCAUGGAAGAGCUGUUCUCAGAUGUGGACAGUCCCUACUACGACCUGGACACAGUACUGACAGGCAUGAUGGGGGGCGCCAGGCCAGGCCCCUGUGAAGGGCUCGAGGGCUUGGCUCCAGCCACCCCGGGCCCUAGCUCCAGCUGCAAGUCUGACCUGGGCGAGCUGGACCACGUAGUGGAGAUCCUGGUGGAGACCUGAGCAGGAGCCCUGAGCGCUCACAGCCGCCUCUGACGCAUGGACACGUGAGCACUGGCUCCCACGGAGGGUGCGCCUGCCGCCAGCGGCCCAGCCUUGCUGCCCUGUCUGCUGAUUCUGAGAAAUCCCAGAACAGCCCAUUACCAGUGGGGUCUGCAGCCCCAGGCCCAUCCCACUUACUUCCCCCCUGUGGAGGGCCAGGCAGAGGCUGUUCUCCUGGAAGGCUUCUGUCUCUGGGCCAGUUCUGAUGUCCCCACAGCCCUGGGACCUUUGUGUCUCUUUGUGUCCCCCACUGUAGAGGACGGCAGGCCACAGCUGCAUCAACCUCCUUUACAUUUAGAUAGGUGAAUUUUUACAAUUCAGUUUUAUAUGUUUUGGGCAGUAUUUUAAGAUAUAUUUUUUAAACUUUUUAUACCUUAUCUCUUUAGAUUUUUUCAGCUAUUUUCUUAAAAGUAUAUUUUUUCUAUAAACAUCCUUUGCUGCUACAUUAGAACUUUUAUAGCCUAAA